UCACGUGCAACACCCCGGCGGUCUCCCUCCCUCUGUCUCUCUCUCUCUCUCCCCUUGCUGGCGCCCUGGGGGAGGUAACUGUGGCUAUUGUUACCCCUCGUCCUCACUGCACCCUUCCUUACCAGCGAGACCAUAGAGAUACUUUGGGGUUUAUAUCCUGCGGCCGAAGCAUGUGUGUUUGGUGUGUGGUGUUGUCAUAGAUACGGUGUGGUGGAAAAAAAGUUAAACUAGGAUGAAGGCAGUGUGUAAAUUGCAAGAGGAAGGAGGAGAAGGAGGAGGAGGAAGGUGCAGACAGAGGUGGUAGUGAGGGGCAGGGAUGCCUGUUACACGCCUGAUCAAUGGAGCGGGAAUAUCACUGCCUACUUGAUCACGGCGUCAUUUACUCACUUGAAAGUAAGUUGUGCGCUGGUUGACUCCCGGAGCUUUGUUGCACUCCCGAGACACUUAACGAUCACGUGAAGUUUGUGCCAAGUUUUUGAACAAACACGAUGAACAUCAGAAGAACUCGUUUGACUUUAGAGUGCGCUUCUUGUAGCAAGGAAGUGUUUAGAGGUCGACGGUCAUGUUCAAAUAAGAAAAUUUAGUGCAUUUACUAUUAAGAUUUUAUUCCGAUGUAUACCUCUUACCGCAGACAAGCUCUGAAAAUGCUGCAAGAGACGCAGCAGCAGCAGCAGGAGCAGCUUGUCUCCGCGCCAGGACAGUCCUCACCCGUCACCGCUCCGGCGGGGGGUAGAAAAGACACCUCUGCAACCACCGAGGGAAGAGGCGGCAAGUUGGGCAGUGGUUGGAGGAAGAGGAGUGGCAGUCCCAGGAAGGACGAAGCAUCACCAGCCAUCGUCGUCACCACCACCACCAGCUCCCCCGAGGCUCCACCGGUGCCCCCAGAGCCUACCUCCAUCGCCACCACAUUACCCGCCAUACUGGAGCCCAGCCGCGUUGAGGGCGCCAACGUCUCCGCCGCCUCCUUCCCUCUGGCACUUCAGCCUUCCACGCACUCACCCUACAGACUACCUCCCGUGGCCACGGCCUCCCGCAUGCAGACGGUAUUCGACAGCAACGGCGUCUUCACCAUCACCACCGGCAGCACCACCACCCGCCCACAAUCACGUCCACAGUCAGUCAUCGGUCAACAACCGCUCACCAUCCUUCCUCUCCUGCAAAGCGCUUCAAGCAACACGAAACACAACAAUAACACGCAGAUGUACACGGAGAACAAGGACGAACGCUUGACACUGUCGUCGUCAGGGAGCGAGAAGAGCAGGGCGGCUCUGGGUAUGGGCCAGGAAUUCAGUAGCGACCAUCCCACAGCUAGGAGGCAGAACUGCUGCGACAGAGCGUGCGACAACGCUUCCAUCCUCUGUUGUAUGGUCUGCAACUGCACCGGCUGCCACUGUGACCUCUGCUGUCUGCUGUGCCGAAUCUGUGUUGCCAUAUAACUGUUGCUGCUGCUGGCGGGUUCUACUGCAACUUUGGGUUCAUACUGCAAGAUCGCGGCGGCAAUCUACCGCAAGAGUACGGCUUCCUACGGCAAGACCAAGAAUGCCCACCGCGAGACCUCGGACUGUGCUGCCUGCUACAGCUUCUACCGUGUGAUACAUCACACCAUCUCAGGUUGGCUUGGAAACAGCGAGAGAGUCGAUUCUUACUGUUACUGCAUUAUAAAAUGUCCAGUGUCAUAGCGAAUGCAUGACAAUAAUAAAUGAGUAUGGCCACUCUUGUCAUGAAUUUUUUCUUUAAAGUAAAUGGAAACAUUUAAGCCUUAACAACAACGCUUGUAGGAUUGAAAUGACGUGUGUACAUUUCAGAGGUGGAUAGACUCUGAGAAUGAAGAGAAAUCGGGUUGAAUGGGCAAUAAAGAUGAAAACAAUAGACGAAAAAUUAAGGUCAAUAAAAUAGUAAUUGACAUAGGAGAAAUGAAUCAUUAAAAUAGCCGAACUACGUACCUGAAAUUAGCUAUACUAUCACACAUGAAAACAAGAGAUAUCGGGACCAAUUAAAUUUAAGAAAGAUCAUAAACAAAAUUAGAUAUGUAUAAAAGUCAAGUGAUCAGUUUUAAGUGAAAGAGAGGACGAGAUCACAAUGUUUUAGUGUCACUAGGCUAGAGAUCCGGUUAACGCUUACCCACCAAACACACACCGAAACUACGACGUUGCUACAACGUUCGAACAAGUUUUAACACCUAACCAGUUAUAACAACCAAUAUAUCAAGUUCUAACAACGUUCUAAUACGUCAUAAACACGUUAAGCCAAGAUGUAACAACUUUAUUACAAGUUGUAACAAGCGGAAAAUAGAGACAGUUUCGGUUUGUGUUUCCAGGGUUGCAGCGCUCGUCACCUCAGUAUGGGUUUGUCUGCCGUUUUGGAGUUCUGAUUAUACAAAAAUCAUUCAAUUUGAUUCUUUGGCGUCCUGGGGCCAGAUUCACGAAGCAGUUACGCAAGUACUUAUGAACCUGUACAUCUUUUCUCAAUCU